UCCGGUGGAGGGUGUGCAUGAAUGUGUUCUGCACCGUACGGGCGGAAAAAGCGCCCAAGAUCCGCAGGGAGCAUUUUCCCCGUCAGUAGAGGCUCGCAGACGGAGCCGGAGCGCAGGGAGAGCACGGAGGGGGUUGUGGACGCCAGCAGGAUGACUGUCCAGGAAUUCAACACCCUGGUAGCGCUGUACCGGGAGCAAGUCAUAUCCAUCGGAGAGAUCUCAGCCGACUGUCCGUCUCUGCGGGCUCAGAUGCACCACACGCGGUCCAAAGGAUGCUCCAUGGCCCGGGCAGCGCACGAGGACCUCGCCGUCAUCUCUGUGUCAGGUCCAGAGGACGGAGAGAUCCACCCUGAGAUCUGUCGGCUCUUCAUCCAGCUGCAGUGCUGUCUGGAGAUGUUCAUAACAGAGAUGCUCAAAUCCAUGUGCCUGCUGGGGGUGCUGCAGCUACACAGAAAAAGAACAGACUCAGAGCCGAGGGUAGACUUCAGGAUGGAUGAAAGCUCUGAUGUUCCCAUCCUGGAAGACCGAUCCUCCUCUCCCAUAGACUUCCCUCAGGAGCAGUGGUUGGUCGGAACCGAUAUUGAAAACAUAGAGAGCCAGUUGGUCCUGCUGCUGCAGCUCCUCAGCUGCAUAUCAGCUGGUCUGGCCUGCAUCUGUGAACGAUACUCCUGGGGCUCCUGGUCUGCCUGCUCCAGUACCUGUAACUAUGGUACACAACAGAGAGAGAGGAAUUUUCAAAUGGAUGACUAUUACUGGAAGGCCAGCUGCCAUCAGCUGUGCAACAAAUACGACAUUAGAACCUGUAAUGAACAGUCCUGUCCAAUCAACUGCUUGCUGACAGAGUUCGGGCCGUGGUCUGACUGCUCAGCCUGUGCCAGGAAACAGUAUCGAACCCGGUCCAUCCAGAGGCCGUCCCAGUUUGGUGGGUCGGCCUGCAGUUCGGAACUGACAGAAGAGAGGGACUGUUUCCCCUCAAAAGAGUGCCAGUUACCACCCGUCGACUGCGAAGACAACUUCAAGUGUGAUAAUGGACGCUGCAUCAGUUCAACACUAACAUGCAACAGACAGAAUGACUGUGGAGAUAACUCUGAUGAGAGGGACUGCGUCAAUCCCUCAAUUGUGUGUCCAACCCCGAGGAGAGUGGCCCCUGGGGCAGACCUGGCCGGCAAUGGGUUCGAUGCUCUAGCAGAGGAGCCAAGGGGAGCGGUGCUGGACAACAUGUUUAUGGGAGGAAGCUGCAUUAUCAAGAGACCUCCAACCACAAAUCUAUACCAUCGAGUCCCUUACAACUUUGAGAGCUUUGAAAUUAAGGUCGGAGUGGUAGAGGACUUCAGCACCGAGCCCCAGCGACUACACACAGACGCCAUCAUUAUGAGGCCACCUCCAAUUGCAGACAAAGCUGCAAAAGACAUCCUUGCCCUUAUAACACUCCUUCAUGGCCAGAGUUACAACAAGGCUUUUGAAUCUUCAAAGACAACGGACUCAACGUUUUUUCGGGUGCACCAGGUUCUGCCUGUGUCCACAUUCAAGGUGAAGGAACCAGGGGAUGUCGUCCUGUCACUGCCUUUCCAAGAGUUCCUUCAUGCUCUUCCUCUUGACUACAACUACGCUCUCUACAGGGAAAUCUUCCAGCGCUUUGGGACACACUACUACAGCUCAGGGAAGCUGGGAGGCCACUAUGACCUGCUGUACCAGUACAACCGACAGGAGCUCACCAGUUCAGGUGAAACACUAGCGCACACCUCAGGAUGCCUGAAAACAGAAAGCCUCUGGACCAUCAUCGUCUACACCGAAGAAAAGGAUGUAACCCGAUGCUCUAACACCAAGAUCACUCAGAAAUAUCAAGGCUCAUACAUUCAGGCAUCAGAAAAGUCUUUCUCUUUAGUGAAAGGAGGCAGAGCCAGAGAGGCAGCAGCUCUGGCCUGGGAGAGGCAGGGCUCUGCUCCAGACAAAACUUCCUUCAAGAACUGGGCCAAGUCUGUUCUCGACAACCCGGCUGUGGUUGAAUACAAGCUGCUGCCUAUCAUAGAUCUGGUUCGGGGUAUCCCCUGUGCUGUAACAAAGAGGAGACACCUGAAGAAGGCCCUCUGGCAAUACCUGGAAGAAUUUGAUACUUGCAAGUGUGCUCCGUGUCCCAACAACGCCAGGCCCGUUCUCUCUGGCACAGAGUGCAAGUGUAUUUGCCAGACCGGCACCUUCGGCACCAACUGUGAGAAACGGGCCCUUGACUACACUUCAGAGGAGGUGGAUGGUUACUGGAGCUGCUGGGGGCCGUGGAGUAGCUGUCGUGCCUCCAUGAGGAGAGUUCGGACGAGGCUGUGUAAUAACCCUGCCCCGCUCAGAGGUGGCCGACCCUGCAAUGGUCCUGACACACUUUGGGAUCAGUGUCACAUCUCCAUCUUUGCGAGACAGGAGACCUGUGAGAACGACAACGAUUUCACUGUGGGCACGAGGGAAAAGCUGCCUCCUGGUGUGCAGGGCUGUCUGAGGCCACAGGCGCCUGCGAACAGCUUCCUCAGGAAAGCAAAGGAGUAUUAUAACUUUGGUGAGGAUGAGGAGUUCCAGUGCUUCACUGGAUUUGAGCUGGAGGGUUUUCAGUACAUCAACUGUCUUCCUGAUGGAACCUGGCCUCAGCCAAAUGGAAAAUGCAUCAGAAAGGUCUGUCUGCCUCCUGAGGUCCCUGCUGGGAUGUCGCUAUCCCCUAACAAAGACGAGUACAGAGUGGAGGAAUCAGUGGGUUUGAACUGUAACCAGAGAGGCCUUUUGCCUGUGCCACUAACCCUCAUCAAAUGCAGCAACAGUCUCACCUGGGAGCCACCAUUACCUGCUGACCUACGCUGCACUGAUGAGCAAUCAUUUAUUCCAGAGGGUCAGUGUAGACCAGGAGAGAAUCUACAGGGUUCUCGAUGUGUCUGUAUCCCACGAGAGAGCUGUCUUUCACAACCAGCAAAUAAGUGUGCCCUGAAUGUAAACAUCAGCACCGUGGUGUCGAUGUCCUUUUGCUCCUUCCUAUCCGGUCGUUGCCACGGUGAUCCGCUAUUUUUCAUCAGCAAAGGCACGUGCGACAAGGUCAAUGUGGGGCAACUGGAGUGGGCCAAGUUCAGAGCCGAAAUGUCCUCUAAGAGCACUGUUCAGGUGCCCUGUGAUCUUGACACCUGUUAUGAAUGGGAGACUUGCUCUGCAUCUAAGAAGUGUGUCUGCAGAUCUAUUCGGGAGUGCCCCAGAGAUCAACAGCACGCGUUCUGUGUGAAGCUAAAAGGGAUCCAGACGACUCGCAGUCUGGAACUUUGUCCUCUGGCCUCUCUCAAAUGUGCCAGCCGUGAGUUUGAGAUUCUCAAUGAAGGCGCGUGUGUGUCCAGUUGAUCUGUGACAUAACACUCAACACUCAAAUAAUGUUGCACCACUGCUGGAAAAACUGAAAAUAACUACACAGUUUAAAAUGCAUAUGAUUUCACUUAAGGCAGCUGCACUGCACUGUGCACUGGAAGCACAAAUUUAGAACACUAUAGACAUAUAGUACACCAUGUUACUCUUUUUAGAAAAUACAUUAUUUUUAUAAAGGCAAACUGUACUGGAAAGCAGGUAUACCAAAAUCCAAGCACCUGACACAUCUCAGAGCCAAAAGCACACUUAACGAUAGGUGAUGGAAAGCCAAGUCACAUAACUGGGCCUUAAACAGAUUGUUUAACAUGUGGUACACAAAUUCAUGAAAGCACAACCAUCUUUAAACUUGAAGAUAUUGUGGAAGCAAAACACGGUGACAGUGCUUUAAAAGGUCUGUAGUUGAUUUGCCAAGAAAGAGAAAAAAACAGGAAUUUAGUGAUUCAGUAAAUCACCUAACUCUGUUGACCUGAUCUGAGCCACUUUAGUCAGUAGAGUCUAAUUAUAGGAAUAGAGUUGAAUAUUUACUUGGCUCAAUGUUCUUCACGUGUAAUAAAAAUAUUUCAAAACAA